AUGAUAUCAGACGAUUGGGACGAUUGCGCCAAAAGCGAUAUCGGACUUCGAGAGACGGAGAGCAAGGCAAAAAUAUCGGAUCGCAUUAUGAACUCGAUAGUCAUGCUUCACACGAUGACGAUCAUCGCGUAUUGUGCCGGCACUGUCCUGAAAAACGUUAAAGUAACUGACAGCACGGCGGAGCUGCCCUAUGUCGACAAGUUAGAUAUCCCCUUCAACGUUAACACGCAACUCGUGUAUAGAAGCAUAUUAUUCGUAGAAUUCUUAGUUGUGAUCAUGAGCGGUUGGGCAGCUGGUGUGACGAACGCAUUAUUGUUGAGUCUGACGUUACACGCCGCCGGCCAGAUGGACAUUCUUCGUAACUGGUUGACGCAACUUGUAUCCCGUGCGAAUGAGAGUAAACACGAAUCGACCGUCAUCAUGCUGAAACAGAUCGUAGAAAAACAUCAGAAAAUCAUCAACUUUUCGGAAAGCAUCGAGAACCUCUACACGCAAAUCGCGUUCCUGCAAUUCGCGUCGAACAUGAUAAUGAUUUGUUCAUUGGGCUUUGUGAUCGUAACGGCGAUCGGCAGCCCCGAUGCGACAGAGCAUAUAGUGCGGUCUCUCUUGUUUUACACUAUAACGAAUCUCGAAGCGUUUAUAUUUUGCUACGCCGGGGAAUAUCUGAGCAACAAGAGCAAAUUGAUCGGUAUCGCAGCGUACAAUACCAUGUGGUACGAUUUGGCACCCAGAGACGGCCAAGUUCUAUUGUUCGUUAUAUUGCGAUCACAGAAGCAACUGACGCUUACAGCCGGCAAGAUGGUGGAUCUCUCCUUAGAAUCCUUCGCGAAUAUCAUGAAAGCGUCUGGAUCGUACUUGUCGGUGCUGUUGGCGAUGAAUUGA